AUGGGAUCGCAAAAGUUGAUAGUGAAGGAUGGUAACGAGUUAGACAAGAGACGUGGUGUCAAACUUUUUGCAGUUGUUUGUAUAUUACUGGCAUGUUUAUUUGGCUACUACUAUAAGGAGAGUUGUUCUUCAGGUACAGUAACACUUUAUGGCCAAUAUUGGUCUUUUUGGCAAAAUUUGUCGCCAAGGGGGUUUGAUAAGCAUUAUAGUGCAAUGAGUGAGGUUUCUGCUGGUUUUGAAAAAAAUGAGGGUGAUGGUUCAAGUAAGAUGGAAAGAGACGAGAAUACUGAUGCAAAAGCCAAGAUGAAAAGAGAUGAGAAUACUGAUGCAGAAGCUACUGACAGUAAUAAUGCCUCGGAAACUCAAGAAGCAAAAAAUGAAAACAACGAGAAAAGUAAUUCCAGCUCCGAAACUGAAAAGAAUGAAACUACAGCUGCUGACGAUAGCAAAACUACAGCUGCUGACGAUAGCAAAACUACAGCUGCUGAUGAUAGUAAAACUACAGCUGCUGACGAUAGCAAAACUACAGCUACUGACGAUAGCAAAACUACAGCUACUGAAAAAUCAGAUGAAAAUAGUAGUUCCAAAUCUCUGACAAGCACCGAGUCAAAUUCUACAACCUCAGCAUCAACCGAAACAACUUCGGUUGAUGCUUUUUCCACAAGUGAAUCUAAACCUACACCUAUAUACAAUCAACCUGGUAUAAGAUUUGUCUUUGCAUUGUUUGGAUUUAUAUUCUUGAACAUGAUAGCAAUUUGUAUCCAUCACAUAUACCAAAAGAUUACCAGAUCACAGAAACUAUAUAGAAACUUUGAAGAAGAAAAAUCACCUUUUUGA